AUGCUGUCGCUACAAUUUGUUUGGACGUCCAGCCCUCAUCGAAAUAGAAAGAGAUUCGACUGCUCCAAAUGCCCGGAGGUGAGUUAUGGGUGUAGCUUAUCAACAGACGAGAAUCAAUCAUCGGCAUAUGACAGAAAUUUGCAAUUAAUGACGUCAGCUAUGUUGUCGAUAAAUAUAAUGAAAGGACCUGGUCCUAACGAUAAUCCCUGUGGAACGCCUGAUAUUGCACUAAGCUUUUGA